AGGCACCCUCCGCCCACCCUCCCUCCCUCCCUCGCUCCGCGCGCUCCCGCCGCCUGUCCAGGGCCGCUGCGCACGCGCAGCCCAGGCUUCAGACCCCCGGCGCGGCCCGCACGGCAGGGCCCUCAGGAACAAUGGCCCAGGUAGCAAUGUCCACCCUGCCCGUUGGAGAUGAGUCCUCAGACAGGACGGUGGUGACGUUCCUCAUGUCUGCUCUGGAGUCCAUGUGUAAAGAGCUGGCCAAGUCCAAGGCUGAGGUGGCCUGCAUCGCCGUGUACGAGACGAAUGUGUACGUGGUGGGGACAGACCGAGGCUGUGCCUUUGUCAACGCCAGACAGGAUUUCCAGAAAGACUUCGCACAGCACUGCCAGGGAGAAGGACUGACUGAAGAGAAGCCACUGUGUUCUGAAAAUGGGACUCAGGUCUGCUCCGGAGAAGCCCGAUUGCUCAGGAAAGCAGUGGAAGAUCAUUUCUGCCUUUGUUACCGUAAAGCACUGGGGACGACAGCCAUGGUCCCUGUUCCCUAUGAGCAGAUGCUUCAGGACAAGGCAGCUGUGCUGGUUCAGGGCCUUCCGGAAGGCCUGGCCUUUCAGCACCCUGACAGUUACAGUCUUGCAACCCUGAGGUGGAUUCUGGAGAACAAAGCAGGGAUCUCAUUCAUCAUAAACAGACCUUUCCUAGGUGCAGAGAGCCAGCUGGGUGGCCUUGGGAUGGCGACAGGUGCCCAGAGGCUGACACUACCACCAAAUGACAGCUAUGGCCCCAUCAGUGUGAAAACUGAACCCAUGGAAGAUUCUGGGACUUCACCGAAGGCAGCAGCCGUGUUAGUCAAGACAGAGUCAGAAGAUCCUAAUUACCAACAGUGUAACAUGCAAGGAAGCCAGCAUUCUUCCACGAGCAGUGAAGUCACAGAAAUGGAAUUACCAUCUGAAGAGUCCACUCCACUGCUCUCUUCAGGGACAAAUGAGGACCCUGAGGCUGAUGUGAAAAUGGAAGGAAAUGCAAAUCCAUCCAACACUGCAAGCUCUGCAGCAGGCGUUGAAGAUCUUAGGAUCGUACAGGUGACAGUUCCAGAUAAUGAGAAGGAGAAACUGUCAGGCAUUGAGAAAAUUAAACAGCUUCGAGAGCAAGUGAACUACCUCUUCAGCAAAAAAUUUGGGGAGGCCAUAGGUGUGGACUUCCCUGUGAAGGUUCCCUACAGGAAAAUCACCUUCAACCCGGGCUGCGUGGUGAUCGACGGCAUGCCCCCAGGGGUGGUGUUCAAAGCUCCCGGGUACCUGGAGAUCAGCUCCAUGAGGAGGAUCCUGGAUGCUGCGGAUUUCAUCAAGUUCACUGUCAUUAGACCACUCCCUGGACUUGAACUUAGUAAUGUGGGAAAGCGGAAGAUAGACCAGGAGGGCCGAGUGUUUCAAGAAAAGUGGGAGCGAGCCUAUUUCUUCGUGGAGGUGCAGAACAUCCCCACGUGUCUGAUCUGCAAGCAAAGCAUGUCGGUGUCCAAGGAAUACAACCUGCGCCGUCAUUACCAGACCAACCACAGCCGGCACUAUGACCAGUACUCGGGGCCGGCGCGGGACGAGAAGCUCCGAGAACUGAAAAGGGGACUGCGGAAGUACCUCGUGGGGUCCUCGGACAUCGCGUGCCCCGAGCAAGCAUUCUCCAACGCAAGUCCACCCGUGAACACCGUGACGCAGCCCGUGGAAGACCUGACUGUGAACUUACGGAAGAAGUUACGACAGAAAAUCCAGUCGUUUGUGGCGUACUCCAUUGCCAUCGACGAGAUUACGGAUAUCAACGACACCACCCAGCUGGCCAUCUUCAUCCGUGGCGUCGAUGACAACUUUGACGUGUCCGAGGAGCUUUUGGACACUGUGCCCAUGACAGGCGCCCAAUCCGGGAACGAGAUAUUCCUGCACGUAGAAAAGAGUCUCAAGAAAUUUAGCAUUGAGUGGUCCAAGCUGGUGAGCGUGGCCUCCACUGGCACCCCGGCCAUGGUGGACGCCCAUAGUGGGCUGGUGACGAAGCUCAGAGCCAGGGUGGCCUCAUGUUGCAAGGGAGCCGACCUCAAGUCCGUGCGCUGUAUCAUUCACCCCGAGUGGCUGUGCGCCCAGAAGUUAAGGAUGGGCCACGUCAUGGACGUGGUGGUGGACUCGGUGAAUAGCAUCUGCUCCCGUGGCUUGAACCACGGUGACUUCACGACGCUGCUCUACGAGCUGGACACCCAGUACGGUAGCCUGCUGUACCACACGGCGCUCAAGUGGCUGGGCCGGGGGCUGGUUCUCAGGAGGUUCUUCGAAUCCCUGGAGGAAAUCGACUUGUUCAUGUCUUCCCGGGGCAAACCCAUGCCCCAGCUCAGCUCCCGGGACUGGAUCCUGGACUUGGCCUUCCUAGUGGACAUGACGACGCACCUCAACACCCUGGACGCCUCCCUGCAAGGCCAUUCGCAGAUCGUGACACAGAUGUACGACUUCAUCCGGGCCUUCCUGGCAAAACUGUGCCUCUGGGAGACGCACCUGGCCAGAAACAACCUGGCCCACUUCCCCACCCUGAAAUCGGUUUCCCGGAGCGAGAGCGACGGCCUCAACUACAUCCCCAAGAUCCUGGAACUGAAGGCUGAGUUCCAGAAGCGGCUGUCAGAUUUCAAGGACUGGGAAAACGAGCUCACCCUCUUCAGCUCCCCCUUCUCCACCAAGAUUGACAGCGUGCGCGAGGAGCUCCAGAUGGAGGUGAUCGACCUCCAGUGCAACACGGUGCUAAGGACCAAGUACGACAAGGUGGGCGUCCCGGACUUCUACAAGCACCUCUGGAGCAGCUACCCCAGAUACAGGAGCCACUGUGCCAAGAUGCUGUCCAUGUUCAGCAGCACCCACAUCUGCGAGCAGCUCUUCUCCAUCAUGAAGCUGAGCAAGAAGGAGGCGCAGUGGGGCUCGGUGCUCCAGGCAGCAACGUGAGGGAGAAGGCGGCUGGAGCCUGAAGCCCCAGUACUGGGAAGGCCGAGGCAGGAGGAUCUGAGCUUGAGUUUGAGGUCAGCCUGGGCUCCGUAUCGGUAUCAAGACCCCAGAGAAAGUGCUGGAAGAGAAAGGGAAGAAAUGGAAAUUGUGUGGAGACCUAGAAUGUUCCAGUCCUAAAAGGUUGUGAGAUGAGAAUGGCAGACUAUUAAACCUCUUGGUUUAAUAAAAGAAGAGUCCUACUUGGGAUCCUAAUUUGCAUAUCACACCUGUUUGGAUGACGUUUGACACCUGGCUAUAGGUCAGUAAAACCCAUAGCGGGUAUUUCCAGUGUUUGGUGCCCCUUGUUCCUGACUGACCUGUGUUGUUCAUAAUGCAGUCUUCAAUAAAACCACUGUGAAAGAUU